CCUUCCUUCCCCUCCGCCACCACGCGAGAACUCGUCAGAUAUUUAUGAGCGCAGCCGCGGGUUAAUCCUCCCUUCUCGCUCCCGUGCUCACUGCUCGUGCUCGCGGUCGCGUUCGCUGUCGCAGCGCUGGGGCUGAGCCGCGAGUGGAGUGGAUAAACCCUAGCCGGGGUGGCGUAGCUGGGUUUGGUGGUGGCUUUGGCGUCGGCGACGGCCCGCUGUUCUCCGGAUUUUUUUUUUUACCUCGGAAGCACUGAUCAGUGAUGUCUCGGGAGGUUCCGGUUCUCUGCUCCUCUCAUCCUCUGUUGGAUUUGUGCUGACGUUCGAUCGCUGUGUGGCUAUGGUGUUUCGUUUGCUUUUUGAGUUUUAAUUUUGUACCAGGUUCUACUGUUUGGGUCGUUCUGAAGAAGUCGUGUUGGUUAAUUGAAUGGUGUGGGAGGUGACGAAGGCUACCAUGUGCUCAAACUACACCACAAUUGGAUUAUAGGAUAGUCACGUACAGCUACCAGUUUCCUAGAAUCAAAUUGUUGAUAGCGGAGAGGAGUGACUGGAUUUUGUUCAAUACUUUCACCUCGAUCAUGGGUGGUGUCUGCUCAAGGAAGAGAAGCCAAUUGGUGGAUGAAGGUGACUCUCUCCAGACAUCCCCAAGGUUCUCAAAGACCAGCAGCUUAAAAUGGUUGUUGCUUACACUGCCCCGCAGCAAUUCUGAUGUCUCUGGGAAGGGGCAGGGGAAUGAACCUGGACGGUGCCCGUCCCUCAUGGAGCUCUGUGUCGCUAGAAUCUGCCAGGAUAUCGGCAAGUAUUCUACUUUUGCAAUGCUGCCGAGGGAUCUCAGCCAGCAGAUUUUCAAUGAAUUGGUAAAUUCAAACCGUCUUAUGGAGGCAUCGCUUCAAGUUUUCAGGGAUUGUGCUCUGCAGGACAUUGGCUUAGGGGAGUACCCUGGAGUAAAGGAUGCUUGGAUGGAAGUAGUGGCAUCUCAAAGGCAGUCAUUGUUGUCGGUUGAUAUUUCUUGCUCUGAAGUAACUGAUAGUGGGAUAGAUCUUCUUAGAGAUUGCUCAAGCAUGCAAAGCUUGGCAUGUAAUUACUGUGAUCAAAUAUCCGAAAGUGGGCUGGUCGUAUUGUCAGGACUGUCAAACCUGACUUCUCUAAGCCUCAAGAGAAGUAAUGCUGUUACUGCUGAAGGAAUGAGAGCCUUUGCAAAUUUAGUGAACUUACUAAGUCUCGACCUUGAAGGUUGCCUAAAGAUUCAUGGUGGCCUUAUUCAUUUAAAAGAUCUGACAAAGCUCGAGUCAUUGAAUAUGAGAUAUUGCAAUUAUAUUGCGGAUUCAGAUAUCAAAUAUUUAACAGAUCUUACAAAUUUGAAGGACCUUCGAUUGUCAUGUUGUAAGAUCACAGAUCUGGGGGUGUCGUAUAUCAGAGGCUUGCAGAAGCUCACUCACUUGAACCUAGAGGGCUGCCCAGUGACCGCUUCUUGUUUGGAAGCUAUUUCAGGAUUGUCUUCAUUGGUAUUGUUGAACUUGAACCGUUGUGGUAUAUACGAUGAUGGCUGUGAAAACUUUGAAGGUCUUAAAAGGUUGAAGGUUUUAAACUUGGGGUUUAACUAUAUUACAGAUGCUUGUUUGGUGCAUCUCAAAGGAUUAAUCAGUUUGGAGUCUUUGAACUUGGAUUCGUGCAAGGUUGGAGAUGAUGGUCUAUCACAGCUGAAAGGUCUUGUGCUGCUUCAAAGCUUGGAUCUUUCUGAUACUGAAGUUGGAAACAAUGGACUCCAGCAUCUAUCUGGUCUUUGUGAUCUGCAAAGUAUUAAUCUCUCAUUUACUUCGGUCACGGACAUUGGUAUGAAGAAGAUCUCCAUGUUGAAUUCGCUGAAGUCAGUCAACCUUGACAAUCGCCAAAUUACUGAUGUUGGCUUGGCAGCACUUACAAGUCUCACUAGGCUGACUCAUCUUGACCUUUUUGGAGCUCGCAUAACUGACUAUGGCACAAACUGCUUCAGAUAUUUUAAGAAUCUUCUUUCUCUUGAAGUCUGUGGUGGGUUCGUUACUGAUGCUGGAGUGAAGAACAUCAAGGAUCUAAAGGCUCUGACACUGCUAAAUCUUUCUCAAAAUGUUAAUCUGACAGACAAAACCUUGGAACUGAUCUCUGGCCUGACUGCUUUGGUCAACUUGAACGUGUCAAACUCGCGGGUAUCCAAUGCUGGUCUCAAACACCUGAAUGACCUGCAGAACCUGCGUUCACUGUCUCUAGACUCCACCCGGGUCACGGCAAACGAGAUGAGGAAGCUCCGAGCAACGAUGCUGCCAAAUCUGAUCAGCAUGCGGCCAGAGUAACUUUCCACUUGGUACCUGCUGUAAAUAAUCAUCAGGUUCGAGCAGGCUGUUCUGUAGAUAAGUUAUGUUGGAAGAACCAGAAUUGAACGCAGGCAUAUAUAUAUAUAUAUAUAUAUAUAUGUCAACAAUGGUUUUAACGAGUGGUAGGUGUUCUGCUAUAUAUGUCAGCGAGCUCGUUCGUUUCGGGUGAUGCUGAAGAAAUGGCAGUUGCUCUGCACCGUGCGUGCACCCUACAAGGCGCGAUGGGAAGAGACAGAAUUGUAAAUAGCGCGCUUCCUCGCCAUCUGGGAUGAUUAUGUGUGUCGAUCUUGUUAUUUUGGUUAAAUUGGAGUCAAGUGUGCGUUAUGUUGGUGUCUGAUGAGCCCUGGGUGCUUAUUUUCUGUUUGUCUCGCGUAUGCUUUUGUUCAUGUUUUGGCUGUUCACUCUGCAACCACAAAGAUGGGCGGUGACCUAUCGGGUAUAUAAAGUUAUCCUUGGCCACAAGGACUUCCGGA